UGUUGGCUCGAAGGGCCAGUUGCCACAGUUCAGGCAGCAAAAAGGGAACAGUCUUGGUGUUUUUGUAAGGAAGAAUGAAGAUCAGGAGGUAGAACAGUGUAAUGGUUCUUUCAUACGGUCAAUGGGCUCAAAGUAAUAUUGUUUUUUUUUACUUUGUUGUCACAGUUACCAUGUGCAUCAGUGAAAACAGACCAUCGCUAACCUGUUUAGACUGAAGACAUUUAGGGUUUCUGUAUAAGGGAGGAAGUAAGAACUGGGAGUGAGGAGGAGCGGGAGGAAGGUGCAAAGACAGACAUAAAUGAGCUACACAAGCAGAGCUCUGCUCAUAAGGCUGUGAGUCCUUAGCAGCGUCUUUCCUCUGAUGAUGGAGACCCAGGAGGAGCCUGAACUCUGCUUUCCACAUCUCCUUAACGCCUCCUGCAGGAAACAUGCUCGUCCUCACUCUGAGGCAAUGCUCAUUUAUAUUCUGCUGUCCUUCAUCUCUUUGCUCACUGCGAGUCUCAACCUGCUGGUCAUCGUCUCCAUCUCCCACUUCAGGCAGCUCCACACUCCCACCAACCUCCUCCUCCUCUCUCUGGCUGUCUCCGAUUUCCUCGUCGGUCUUCUUGUGAUGCCAUUUCAAAUUCUAUUGAUAAAACCCUGCUGGCUUCUAGGUGACGUGUUGUGCACUGUUUGGUUUUUUGCACCUUAUAUUACUAUUUAUUCUUCAGUAACAAACAUGGUUCUGAUCUCAGUCAACCGAUAUCUGGCCAUAUGUGACCCUCUGCGUUACUCCACCAAAUUUUCUCAGAAAACAGUUAAGUUCUGUGUCUUGCUGUGUUGGCUUUAUUGUGUUAUGUAUAGUUUCAUUGUUUUAAAUAAUAACCUAAAGCAACCAGGCAGGUUUAACUCCUGCUAUGGAGAAUGUGUGAUUAAUGUCAUUGGAGCUGUCGACCUGGUUCUAAGCUUCAUCAUCCCAUUCUCAGCCAUCAUCAUCCUGUAUGUGAGGGUGUUUGUGGUGGCUGUGUCUCAGGCUCGUUCCAUGCGCUCCCACGUUGCAGCUGUUAAAGUGCAGCGUUCACUGACUGUGACUGUCAGGAAAUCAGAGAUUAAAGCAGCAAAGACUCUUGGUGUGACAGUUGUUGUGUUUCUCAUGUGUUACUGUCCUCCUUACUGUGUGUCUCUCUCUGGAUACAAGCUGAAAAUCGGUACUUCAACUAAUGACUUUUUAGUUUUUCUACUUUUAUCAAACUCUUGUCUGAAUCCUUUGAUUUAUACCUUUCUCUACCCCUGGUUUAGAAAAUCUGUUAAACUCAUUCUUACUCUACAGAUACUGCAGCCUAAAUCCAGUGAGGCCUGUGUAAAGUAGACUGACUAUAAACGCUGACUAUGUACACGUCAACAAGAUACUUAAUGAUUUUUUACUUUAAUAAUGCACUAAACACGAUCUGUUAAACAUUGUGGCAAAGAAUUGUUUACCCAAAGUGGUUGUAUGUGCUCAAU